UUAGAGUUUGAAAAAUGGCGCAAGGUGGAGAAAUAUUGGAUGGAGGUUGAUUUCUGAAGCUAUCUGCCUCCACAUUAGCUGUUGUUGAUUAAUUCUAAGCUAGCCGUCCAAUGGGAUGUUGGGUUAAAAGACUGCAGGCCCGCUGGCAGGCUUACCGGUACCGGUUCGUGCCGUGGAUCGCCUUGAACUUGAAGGACAGGAAGCUGCGGUCAGUCCCAAAAGGCUCUCAGGAUAAGAUCAUCCCAGACUCCGCUGUCUUGUCAACCUUGGUGGAGUUUUUCAGUGCUCUUGAGAGAGGCCCAGCAAACUGUAACCCACUGCACAGCUCACCAAACAGAACAGACACCUCCCCCCAGCCAUCUAACAAACUGCAGUCAUACGGCAGCAUUCGUGAUGUUCAAAACAAUAGACUUGGAAAUAUAACGUUAGACAGAACUGAUGAAAUGUACAAUUCAAUGCAUGGUUCAACGAUAAAAAAUGCAUUUCUAGAAAGUAAAUUGUCUCAAGUGUAUGCAAUACCACAUUUGCAAAAGAGAUAUAUUCAAGAAAAUUUGUCAACCCCAAAUGUCUUAAGCAUGCCUAGUUGCAAUACCAAUGUUGAUACACUUUCAUGCCAUGACAUGACCUUCCAUCCUUUGAUGAAGAAGUACAAAACAGCAUCCAGACAUGAUGAUGCAGUAGGACAAAAAAUAAUUAUGAAAAGGAAAUAUAGAACUGAAGCAACUGUCCCUCCUGUGGAGAGAUACCAGCAUGGUUUGGAGGUGAUGUUGGAGACACUUGGGUUCUGUACUGAGAGGAAGGAAAGUAGUGUAGUUGGAGUAGGGAGAGGUGUGUUUGUGACGAGGGGAACGGUGCCUGCAAAAACUGUAGUUUCCAUGUAUCCAGGUACAAUGUACUAUCCCUUUGAACCCAUCCUCUUUCAAUCCAUCGCCAACCCGUUUGUGUUCCGCUGUAUUGAUGGUGUCUUCAUUGAUGGUAAUGAUCGUAGCUUCUCCAAGAUGAUCUACAGGUCUUGCGCUGGACGUGACAGGAUUGGACCGUACUUGACCUGUGACCGGUCGUGGCUGACGCCGUACCCCAAAAAUCCCCUGGCCGUGGGACAAUACGUCAACAACCAAUCAGCAGGUCAUCCAGCCAAUGUUGCCUACCAGGAGUAUAAUAUCCAAGUGGACUUCCCAUUCCCUCUGAGGAAAUAUCUCCCAAACAUCCACUAUAGCCCCAACCUUCAGACUUCUCAGGAUGCAAGCUACAGGUCACUAAGAGUGGUGGUACUGGUGUCCUUACGUGACAUCGAAGCAGGGGAGGAACUCUUUUCCUCUUACUUUACCCUAGUGGAAUAAGUCACUUAAAAGUCCUCAAACUGAUGAGAUCUGAACAAUUUGGCGCUUUACCAACUCAGCCGGACAACCUGGUCAAGUCAGCAGGGGUGUGGGGCAGAGAUGACUGGGUGUUGGGCCAAAUUAUGGCUCAAGUUAGUAAAGGACUGAAUUGUCUUCCCGACCUGUCUGCAGUCUGCUUUAUGUUGUCAUGGUGAUGAUUUUGUUUGCCUUCUGCCCUACCCAUAGUGCACAGCAUAUUCCCAGCAUGCAAUGGGAUCUGUGAAAAGUCAUGCAUGAACCUCUCCAUUUGUCUGAUACAUUGCAAUAUUGACAAGAAAAAACAAAACAAGAAAACUUCUCUCACCACAGCACUUUAUUGAUUCAUAGAUUCUCCACUUUCCCAUAAUAUUAAUAUGCACAGUACAAAGCACCUAUGGCCAUAUUGAAUCAUUGUACAUGGGUCAGAAGUAUCAAAGUUACCUAUAUACACAAAGUAAGAUGGAACCACCUCACAUUUAAACUCAGAAAUAACGGAGCAAAUGUGUCGCUCCCAAUAUUUGCACAUUGAUAUUGAAUAUGCUGAAUAACUCUUCUAUCCACCACCAAUAGAUAUUUUACGUAGUACCACCGAUGUUUUUCACAAGAAAUUCUAUAAUGUACAUACUUGUACAGUGAUACCAUAUAGCAAAUGCAGCACAUCUCUUGGGGUAUGAACAAAAUGGAACUUACAUUACACAAGUAAAUUGUAAUCACAGAAAGUGUGUGUUUUCCUAUAAGCCUUAAUGUCUCAGGCUUCCACAUUUCAGAUGUAGACAACAUUUCAGUCUUUCUUUACACUGAAUCUGUUUCUUAAGUGAGCAAUAGAAUUAUUAUAUACCUGUUUCUAAAUUAUUACGCCAUCAUACUGUGAACCAAAAUUUCUGACAGAAUAAAAUCUUUCUCUGGUGUAUUGACUACUACAGUUGUAUACUGAUCUACUUUGUGUUUUACAAAGACUCGUACUACAGUAGCAAUGCAGAACAAUAUCGCAAUAGAAAAGUUUAAAAAGAGGUAAAAUCAGGCAAAACAUAUGACAGCAACCAAGGCCAGUUGACAACAUUUCACUGGUUACGUCUUUGACAUUGUUACGCCUGUGGGCAGGAAUGUUAGGUCAAUUAUUAGUUGCAUAGCAGUAGAAGAACAACAUCAAGAACACCAAAAAUGUCAGCAGCACAGCACAUAUCAGGAACCCAACACACACACACACACUGCCUGGCCCUGUUAGAGAACCCUGUAUCAUGGAUACAAAACCUACAAUGUACAAUCUUAGAUCCUCACACAAGGCUUUUGUGUGUGGAUACAGACUUGGCCCAUCUUGCCAAGGAAAACAUCUACUACAUUUUCCUAUAUAUCAUCUGUUACGUUAGACCACCACAAUAUUCUGUUCUGUGGGCCAGUAGAUUGGCCCUAUUUUGUAUAAAGUCUGUAGUACUCUUAAGUGCCUAAUAAUAUUUUCCGGAAUACAGUAGAUGUAGUAAUAUACUGUCACUUGUCACAACAUGUCUGAUGUACUAGGAGUUUACAUGCAUAUAUUUGCACAAAAAAAAGACUAUUACUUAAAGUAGAGUAAAGCUUUGUUCUUGUACAGAGUUGAUCUAUAACAGUUUUUAAUCUUUGCAGCAUCAUUUAUGGUCAAAGGCAUGCAAGCAGCUAAGCAAAGGCCAUAAGAGAUGUAGGCACUACCUUUGCCACUAUUUUGUACAGCAACUGGUUGCAUUGAAAUGGUCAC